AACCGUAAACAGACAUUUUAGCACCAAGCGUAACGGAACGUAGUUCUAAUAAAUUUUUCUUCAUUCACCUUCGCUUUACUUGUUUCAUUGACGUUUUUCUUGUUUGUAAAUAAUAAUUGCUGGAAAUAGUACGCAAUGUGAAAUUGUACGCAUUCCUCGUUCCAUUGCACAUUACGUAAACGUUAAACAUCGUUGUAAAGGUGGAUUGAUAGUGCGAGAAAUAUCCUAACCUAAUGUGCGUCUUGUUCUGGUGAGGCGUUUAAGCUAUGAUAGAAGAUAAUGCCUCAAUUUAGAAGAAAAAAGGCGUCUAAGUCGUUCCCAGUAAAAGUAUGUACGCUAGACGCUGAAUUGGAAUUUAACCUUGAGUGGCGAGCUACCGGAAGAGAUCUGUUUGACUUAGUAUGCAGGACCAUAGGGCUCAGAGAAACAUGGUUCUUUGGGCUGCAGUUCGAAGACACAAAACACUUUAUAAGUUGGCUGAAGUUGGAUAAAAGAGUGCAAGACCAAUGCGUCUCCCAGAUGCCAGGCACCCCCUUCAUGCUGCUCUGCAAGUUAUAUCCCGAAGAUGUGGCCGAGGAACUAAUCCAGGAAGUGACUCAACACCUUCUAUUCUUGCAAGUGAAGCAAGCAAUACUGAGCAUGGACAUAUACUGUCCGCCCGAGGCGUCUGUCUUGCUUGCCAGUUAUGCGGUCCAGGCUAAGGUUGGUUAUUAUGGCGACUACGACGAGAGCGCGUACAAGCCGGGCAUGCUGGCGAGCGAGGACCUGCUGCCGCAGCGCGUCAUAGACCAGUACCAGAUGACGCCCGAGAUGUGGGAGGAUCGGAUUAAGAUAUGGUACGCCGAUCACAAAGGUAUGUCACGGGACGAGGCUGAAAUGGAAUAUCUGAAGAUAGCACAAGAUCUCGAUAUGUAUGGCGUUAAUUACUUCGCAAUCAAGAAUAAAAAAGAAACGGAACUAUACCUCGGAGUGACAGCAUUAGGUCUGAACAUUUACGAGAAGGAUAACAAGUUAACGCCUAAGACAACGUUCCCGUGGUCAGAGAUCAAGCACAUCUCCUUCGAUGAUAAGAAGUUUGUUAUCAAGUUUGUGGAGAAGACGACUAAUAACUUUAUAUUCUUCUCGCCUAAGGGGAUGAAUAAAUUGAUACUGGAUCUAUGCAUUGGUAACCACGAUCUGUACAUGAGGAGACGGAAGCCGGACACCAUGGAAGUGCAGCAGAUGAAGGCACAGGCUAAAGAGGAGAAACAGCGUCGUCAAAUAGAGCGCAACAAGUUAGCUCGAGAGAAGCAGCUCCGCGAGGCCGCCGAGCGCGAGCGACAAGCCAUGGAGCAGCGCCUCAGGCAGUACCAGGAGGAAAUACGACUCGCUAAUGAUGCACUGCGUCGAUCAGAAGAGACAGCGGAACUCCUAGCUGAGAAGGGUCGCGUGGCAGAGGAGGAAGCUUCUCUACUGGCACAGAAGGCGGCCGACGCGGAGCGAGAGAACGCCAGGCUCAGGCUGUCUGCUAUCAAGACUGAGGAGGAAAAGGUACACCUAGAACGGAAAACGCGCGAAGCCGAAUACCUAACCGCCCGUUUAGUAGAAGAAUCAGAGAAACGUGCCGCCGAAGCCGAAAGACUGAAAGCCGAACUGGUUUCCGCAAGAAUGGCUGAGAAGCAAGCCAAGGAGAAACUUCUCAACUUCCUCAGCAGAACUUCCACUGGGUCCCUCCCGCCAGUCAGUAAACCUUCUAGAAAGUUCGAAGAGUCGGACGCCAAGAUGACGGAGAAGCAAGCCAAUGAGAAACUGAUUAACUUCCUGAGUGAUACGUAUAAUGGAUCGUGGGAUCUUGGACCGCCGUCAUCAACAGUGCCAUCUAGUCUGUUUCCAUCGACGUGCUCGUUACCAGCGGAGCUGGGGGGCGAAGGCCUGCAGAACGGCACGGCGGCCGUCACGGAGCCCGAGCUCAAUUCCUAUCAGCUGGUGCCCGAUGACUCUGAUCCUCAUAUACAUCGCCUGUCGUUGGAGAUUGAGAAAGAGAGGGUGGAAUACCUAGCAAAAUCAAAGCACUUACAACAGCAACUAGACGAACUUCGAUGCGAGUUCUCAGUUCUCCGCGUAGACCAGUCCACCGCCACCCUUGACCGACUGCACGAGGAGCAGGCCCGAGCUGGAGACAACAAGUACUCCACGCUCAGGAAGCUCAAGCAAGGCUCCACCAAGACCAGGGUGGCUUUCUAUGAGGAACUGUGAAUGUACUCAUCACUAUAUUAUUUACAAGGAUGCACAAUUAGGUGAUCAAAUGACAAUACAAAUUAGUUGGUAAAUAAAUUGAGUCCGAAAAUGUUGAAGGGUUUUCCCUUAUAUGAUGGACUAUAAAAUUAUAUGGAAAUAUAUACUAACAUUUACUACCUAUGGUAGUACUACUGUUUUAAAUAGCUCCUAGGUGAUUUAUACCUAGGAGUUUAGAGGUUCAAAAUUGCCAUAAACAAUAAACUAAAUUAUAUUUGCAAAAGGCAUACUGAUAUUAGAAACAAAUGUCUUAGUUUUUCUGUAUUUCAAAUAGGCUUUAUGAAAAGCCAGAUUGCUGGAUGUAAAAACUGAGAUAUUUAUGUAGUCUUCAUAUUUUAUAAGGUACCACAUUUUUAAACAUCUAUAAUAAAUCAAUAAAUAGAUAAGUCAAUUUAAUAUUUAAUUGACAGCAACUGUCUGCAAAAAAACAAAUUUAUAGGAUUUUUAAACUAUGAACUUGCGCAAAAUUCAAUGUUUUUAUAUUUUGAGGAGGCUUUCUGCUUUUAAUUUGUAGUCUAGAUUGAAAUUAACACCCUGUUUUUAAUCAUGAAUGUGACUGUAUGCAUAAUAAUAAAAAUACGAGGCAGGAAAUCAGUAGGUAAUAAGAAAAUCUGUCUUGAAAUCAAAACUAUCAUUUUUACACUUUAAUUAGAAGUGUUUAUAUUUUCUAUUUUUGUUUAAACGGCAAUAAAAUCAAAAAGAUUAUGGUUUGCGAUGGAAGGUCUUAUAAAUAAUGACAAAGUUGAUAUGAUCCAGAUUUUCAUGCUGGUAGAAAAUUAACCUUAUAUCCUAGACGUUAAGGUUAGAAAUCGAGCGAUUACGACUGUACUGUAUUCAUGUAUGGUUUUGUAGGAAUAUGAUAUUAUCAACGUAAGAUUCGUAAUGUAAUGUCUAAUCACACAGUUCCUAGGAAAUAUGUACAUAGAUUUGUGAAAGUGCCUUAUUUUGAAAAUUAUUGAAUAAGAUCUUGUUGUUUAGUUAGAAAGGUUUUUUAUCGCUAUCAUUUCAUUAGUAUCAGUCCAUUUUAUAGAUCUAGAUAGCAUUGUCUUUGGUGUUUUUAUGGUCCGAUUUUUCAGUAACCAGUUUCCUUCUAUCUGAGGAAUAAAUAUGUCGAUUUUACAUUUCUUUACAUAAGUCAACUGCAGAUUGAAAAAUCAGCCCUAAAACAAAUUACUAUAGUAUAAAAUUAUUGAUGAGAAUGUAACACAUAAAAGUAUAGAUAAUGCAUUGCGAUAAAUAUAUGUUCGCUUUGGUAUUAUGGAUUCAAUAACGUCUAAACUAAUUUAUCUUCGAUUUUUUAUACGUCCAACAAAACAUGGAUUUAUUAAAUAUUUAUUGGUUGAUAAAUAUGGUCAUCAAAUUAUAUUUAACAAUCUUUUUAAAUCGUUCUAUAUGAUUGAUCUCUAAAGUUCGUGUAACUUUUUUUAUACAAUUUUAUUCGCCAAAUUGGCAUUUUUUUAUACUACAUUGGUCUGAAGUUACAUUAUGAUCUUCAUAUAAAACCAAAAAUCUUGAUCUGUUGUAUAGAAAAUGACAGUCAAAAAUAAUUAAUAUGUAUUUUUAUAUAAAACUCCUUGUAUACAAUGAAAAAUAAUUAAGAUUAUUCUUAUUUUAAGAUCUGUGUAGAUAUUUUUCCAUAUUUUAUAAUUUCUGUUUAUUUUUUUGUCUUGAACAUAAUAACGCACAAAAUUAAUUCGCUAUAAUAUUAGAAACUCGUGACUAAUUUCAUUGUUAUAUGUUACUUGUGGUCUAACACGAAACUCAUCAUUCAUUCCUCAUAGUCUUUGAAUAUAGUUGCAGCCUUUUUAUCGUCCCACUGCUGGGCACAGGCCUCCUCUCAGAUGGAGAAGGAUUGAGCGUUGAUCACCACGCUUGCUCAAUGCGGGUUGGUGAUUUACCGGUGGUGUCUUUGAAUAUAUUGCUUAUCAAUCAGUUUUUGGGUGUUUAGGCACUAAACUAUCUCCUAUCAUAGAGAAAUAGUCAUUUAUUCACAUAUAGAUGAAUUCUAGAGCAGAAUGAAAUGAAAUUUAAAAUAUAUUACUACUUCAAAACAAAUGUCUAGAGGUGUAGUUUAUGAUUUAACACAGUUCAAAAAUAAUACCAGACCAUUCUAUAAAGUACCUUUGUUUUAGUCUAAUUUAUAUUUAUGUUAACGUUUACUUUUUAUAUUGAAUCAAUAAUAAUCAUUUCGUCCCUGUUCACACAAAAGAUGUAAUUUUUUUAAAUAUCGGUAUUUAUGUAAGAUACUGAUAAAAUUGUCAUUGAUAUAAUAUGUACAUCUGUUUAAAACAUUCGGCAUGUCUAUACUUAAAUUAUUGCGUGCCUAAAAAUUGCAGUAUAACUAUGUGCCAAAUUGUAAAUUAAGUGAAUGAUUUUUUUUUCAAAUAUUAAUAAUUGUCACUGUGUAUCUUACUUACAAUUACUUCAAAACUGUUUUAGUGUAGACAUAGCAUAAGGUCUUGACUCCACCAAAGCGCAGUGGAGAAAUUUUUAAACCACCAAUAGGAUUUAUUCGACGAACCUCUUUUAACCGACUUUUUAUUUCCCAAAAAGGAGGAGGUUCUCAAUUCGUCGGGAUAUUUUUUUUUAUUUAAAAACUUCUCCACUCCAUUUUGGUAGUUUGGGCCUAAUCCACAUUCAAACUCGAUACUGUAGUUUAAGUCGUUCCGUGUUAUUUGUAUAGUCAUAAGUUCAGUAAACUAGACAAUAAGCCAUGUUAUGUAAAAGUACACACCCAAAAUCCCACACAUUGAACACUGAGAAAACAAGCAUAAUGCAUAAUUAUGUAGUAUAGAAUAAUGAUUCUGAGCUGUAGGUAUGUAAUAUUUUGUAGAAUGCAGCACUCUUUUGAAACCGAAAGAACGAAAAAUAUUAAUUAAUCAUCUUGCAGAAUAAAAAGGAAUAUUAAUAAAUCCGUUAAGGCCAUUGUUCGUUUCAUCCAAGUGUGUAUAGAUUAGAAUGUUUUAGUUCACGUAGUGCUAUGAAACCCGACGGCCUAAUUAAAUUUUAAACCUCUUACCGAUAAGACUUUUCAUGAGUGUAAAGAAAUACACGCAUAAUUGAGUAUUGGAAACUUAACACGUAAAUUGUAAAAAUAAUAAACUACACAACGAUGUAUUGUUUAAGUACUCUUUUAUAUGAAAAACAUAUGUUCACAUAAGUGCCUCUCUGAAUAAAUGUUGUGAUUAUAAUCAAGUGAAAUAAAUAUUGUAAGUCUUCAUUAAAUGUGCCUUGUAAUCAAAAUUUUAUAUUUUGUAAAUAUAUUUAUAGUCAAUUUA